AUGAAGUUUGCCGCCGCGUUCCUCGCUAUUCUGGCAGUGGCCACCCAAGUAUUUGCUUCCAAUCAUACACAGGCAAAGUACCUGUUUAGGCCGGAGUCCUCCCCAGUCUUAUGGAAUGACAAAACCCCAGCUCUCUACGCCUUCAACGAGACCCAACUGGGCCACGGCUCAUGGUGGAGCAGCUCCUUCAUCACCGGCACAAACGGCAAGCAGUACGUGGCCAUUGCGCAUGUCCUCAAUGUCAAUAACAUCACCUACUACCGCGGCUCAACCCUUGACCUCCAAACAAACGGCUAUCAGCAAUUUGUCACUCGCGGAAACGGCACCGGAGAAGGUCCAACCCUCAACAUCACCAUCAACAAGAACUCCUUCGGAAGUCUCUCAGACGAUAACAUCUCGCAGCUCCGCGCCGCAACAAACACGGACAACGUGAAAUUCAACCUCUCCUGGACCUCAUCCUCUCUCAUCCUCGCCAACGGCGGCACGGGCGCGUUCCUCUUCGGCCCCGUCACUAGCCAUGAAUGGGGCAUCCCGUCUUCCAAAACUCAGGGGACCAUCAAAAUAAACGGCAAGACCGUCACUGUCGACCCCGCAAAGUCCUCAACCUGGUACGACCGCCAGUGGGAAGGCGCCGGCGGCGCCAUCACAGGGAACUGGACGUGGUUCCAACUGCAUGUCCCCGGAUCAGAAUACAAGUUCAGCAUCUGGGCCGUUGACAAUCCCGCUACGGGCCAGGCUUCGCGGUUCGCGACGGUUCGUGAUGGGGAUGGUGCGCAGCUUGUUCUCCCUGUUGUCUGGGAGCCUGAUUACGCGCGUCGCUAUGUCUCUGCCUCUAGCGGUCGGGUCUAUCCGCUGGACUGGAAGCUCCGGAUUGGCGAACUGGCGGGGUUCCGUGUGAAGAGUGUGCGGGCUGAUCAGGAGAUUGUGGGCUCGAAUGCGCUGGAGACGGCGUAUGAAGGGUUCGUGACGCUCAAGGGGGUGCUGGAUGGCCAUCAUGUGAAUGGGUAUGGGCUUGUUGAGAUGGUCUCUGUGUCAUAG